UGGUUUUCAACCUCUGCUCCGGCCUUUCAACCUUGAAUCGUUGCGGCUUGGACCUCGGCUAAGACCCUCGGCAACACCUUGGUUUCGGCGGCUCGAAGUAGCUUUGGCUGGCCUCGGCAAUUGGAGGUGGUGGGCUGAAAUACCUUCGGCAUACCUCGGCAAUGGAGUUUGAAGCUUCGGCCAUGGCAUAGAGCUUGAAGCUUUGCUCCGGCCUUUCAACCUUAAAUCGUUGCGGCUUAGACCUCGGCUAAGACCCUCGGCCUCGGCAACACCUUGGUUUCGGCGGCUCGAUGUAGCUUUGGCUGGGCCUCGGCAAUUGGAGGUUGUGAGCUGAAACACCUUCGGCAAACCUCGGUAAUGGAGUUUGAAGCUUCGGCCAUGGCAUAGAGCUUGAAGCUUCGGCGUUACUAGCCUCGGCUAUGGAGCUUGAAGCUUCGGCGUUGUUAGCCUCGGCUAUGGAGCUUGAAGCUUCGGCGUUGCUAGCCUCGGCUAUGGAGCUUGAAGCUUCGGCACUACUAGCCUCGGCUAUAGAGCAUGAAGCUUCGGCGUUGCUAGCCUCGGCAUGGCUCAAAAAUGGAGCCUCGGCGAAGCUUGCUCAGAGGCUGGAAACUCGAACCUCAACCAUGAGUGGUUUCGGCUGGGAGAUCUUUUCCUCGGCGGAGCUUGCGAAGAGGCUAGGUAAUGGAGAAACACCACCUCGGCUUGGAGAAGCCUUGAGCAAUGCCGAACCAAUUUGCUCGAUUCGGAUCUUUGAGCUUGGCAUGAAGCUAUUUAGCCUCUGCCAUGAAUGGCUUCGGCCUAGGGGAACCUCUGCCAUAAAUCAGCUCUGCCAUGCCAACGCAACCCAUGACCAUCUAUUAGCCCAUUUUCAGAAAUACCCUUCCAAACACCGUGUUUGAGUUCGAUCAAUUAACCCCUCCUAAAACCCUCAUCCACCAUUCCCAUACUCCAGCGCCCAAUUCUGUACUCCAUCUCUCAAAAAUGUUUUCUUCUUAACUGAAAUUGAGCACAGAUUAAGAUUGCCCCCAAAAUUACUUGAUCGUCCAUUAGAAGAUGCUAUCAAGGGUGAACUUGAAUCCAUCUUCUUGGACAAGGUGAUUGCGAAACAGGUUUGUGUGUAUCAAUUUACGAUAUCAAAUCAAUUGAUGGCGGCUUUGUAUUACCUGUUGAAGGUGCUCCCACUUAUACGGUUAUUUUUGAGAAGUUUUUGGAGAAUUGUAUGUUCAUCGUUGACGGUUUGCCAGAAGUGGUGAUUUGUAAAUUGUGCACAAGUUUUUAUUGCAAUGCACGAGAUGGUGAGGUGGCUUAGAGCUUUAAGGAGAUGUUGAGGUGUGGGUUUUGAGGUUUAAUUUUUUGAAAUUGAAAAUGGGUGCAUCAUCUGGAAUUAGUCCCAAUAGACAAGUGGAGGCUGUUAGAUGAAUUUGGGUUCUGCAUAAUUUGUAUGGAACUGUAUAUUUUCUGUAGGAUUUUUGGGUACUUAGAUUGUUUUAUCUGAUUAAUGAAUUCUAAAAGCGGUAAUGAGCUUUUAUAAUAUUAGCAGCUUUAAGGAUGCAAGAUCAGAAAUCAUACCUUACUGGGGGCUUUUAGAAGAAAAACAAACUGAGUGGUUGUCAGAUAAAUGGAGAUGCCAGAGGUCUUCCCCCCAUCCUUGUGAAAAUAGGUCCUUCCAUAUAUAUAUGCUUAUGCCUGUUUAUUCUCUGUCGUCUUCUCUAGGAAUGAUCGAUUUCUUUCUUGCAGAGGCAUUUUCCAUUCAUAUCGAUUUGGGUUUUUCUGCACCAUAUUUUGAUCUGUCGCUUCUUCGAUCCGCCAUGUUUAUUUUGAUUUGAGUUUCUCUACUUUGAUGCGAGUAUUAGCGAGAUUUGGGGAAACGAUUACUCAUACAUUAACGAUCGGUCUUCUUCCAGUUGAAGAGGCGACGACGGCGGCGGCGGGUAAUCAAUUGGCGUUUGAUUCACUGGCAGGAAUGUUACUGGGGUAGAGUACAAUUGAAAAUUGCAUUAUAGUAGAAUAUAGAGGACUCUUGAAGGGCAGCUGCAGGAGUAUGAAUAUGAAGAGAACUCUUGGCAUAUCUUGUGUCAUAAUGGGGAUUGUGCUCAGAAGCAAUUAUUAUUAUGCCAUUAUGAAGGAUUGGAGGUCCUGGUCGGAGGAUAGCGAAUGAUCAGCUUGCAGAUUUGAUUAUUGAUUGUGAAGAAGAUGCUGAUACAUUUUUGAAAUCCAGCCUUCUUCCCCUGAAACUGAUCUUCUUACUUCUGAUAAAGCUUAUCAGGAGCAAUUUGGCUAAGUUAAAGGUACCCCUCCCGAAUAGGAAGGUUAUCAGGAUCGGGAUCCUACUUUGGAUUGGUGAGAGGAGUAGGAUCGAAUCGGCAAAAUCGGAUCGUAGAAUCGUAAGAUUCUACAAAAUUGAUAAAAAUAGUAAUAAAAGGGUUGUUACAUAAUUAGAUAACAUUUUUUAAGCCAUAAAAAUGGUAAAAUUUAUAGUUUUUGUAGUUGGAUAGUAAUUUUCUUAGCUUAGAGAAAAGUUUGAUUACAUUAGGCUCAUUUUAUUAAGUAAAAAGUAAGAUCGUACGAUCUUGACCGAUCCUACUCGAUUCUGUCCGAUCCUGCACGAUUAUGUCCGAUCCUGAUUGAUCCUGUACAAACUAAUAAUAGUUUAAAUGAAAAACAGGAUUGUCCGAUCCCACCCGAUCCUGACCGAUCCUGUACGAUCUUGUGCGAUCCUGACCGAUCCUACAACGAUCCUGCUUACUCUGCGAUUCUGCAUCUGAUCCGAAUCGUUUGGCUAAAAUGGGAUCGUAGGAUCGCACGAUCCUACGAUCCGGAUCGCGAUUUUGACAACGAUGUGAAUAGGUCCACUUAUCAGGAGCAAUUCGGCCUAAUAUAAUUAAUCUGGAUGCCAAUUAGGUCCACUAUUCUUCUUCGAUUUCGCAAAAAUUCGGAUUGUGUAUAUACAUAUAAUCUUUACGAUUUCUGGGUUUAGGUUUAGAUGUCUGGGAAAUUUUAGGGUUUAGAUUUUGAGAAGGGGUCAAUGAUGUCGCAACUGCAAUUGCUGCUGCAAAAUCGAAUUCGCCAGCCUACGGUUUGUUUUCUUCAAUUUCAUUCUCUAAUUGCUGAUUUGUUUGAUUUUAAUUAUCCAAAAUGGGGUGGACCUUGAAUUACAGAACACUACUGGGUAUCUAUCUACAUGGAGGUCUGUGGAGAGAAUGGCAUCAGCUUCAGAAAUUUUUGUUGCCAAAAAUGUGUGUGGAAUUAAUCUAUCAAUCAGCGCUGAUAAUGCCAGGAAUAAUGCUUAUAAUUUUGACAAAAUCGACGGUGUUGUUGGAAUCAUCAAACUUCUGGGCUUUCCAGGCAUCCCCAAGAAGACUUAUGACUGCUAAUGUGUACACAGCUUUACUGGCAGCCUCGAUAAAUGCUACUUCGACUGAAGAUGGUUUGAACUUGUAUGAUUCUGGACAUCGAUUUGAACAUGUACAGCUUUUGCUGGUUCUCUUAAGGUCACUUCCCUACGCAUCUACAGCAUUGCAAUGUCGAGUGCUCCAGGAUCUUCUGUUUUUGGCUUGCAGUCAUCCAGAUAACCGGAGCUUUCUAACUCAAAUGGAGGAAUGGCCUGAGUGGCUUUUGGAGGUUCUCAUAUCAAUUUAUGAGAGAACUUCAGUGAAAAGCUUGAAUUCUUCAAGUUUGGGAGAUGUAGAAGAUCUUAUACACAGUUUCAUGAUCAUCAUGUUAGAACAUUCAAUGCGGCAAAAGGAUGGAUGGAAGGAUAUUGAAGCGACAAUUCAUAAGAUCUGUCUUCUUAAUUCAGCAGCAGCAACUUAUUUCAGCAACUGUCUUCUUAUUUCAGCAGUAGCAACUUAUUUCAGCAACUGUCUUCUUAUUUCAGCAACAGCAGCUUAUUUCAGCAGAUCGGUCUUCUUCAAGAUUUUGAGCAACUUAUUUCAGCAUCAGUCUUAUUUCUUCAAAGAUUUUGAUUCCAGCAUCGGUCAUCUUAUUUCAGUAACUUAUUUCAGCAUUGGUCUUCUUCAAGAUUUUGAUUCCAGCAGCAGCAGCUUAUUUCAGCAUCGGUCUUCUUCAAGAUUUUGAUUCCAGCAGUAGCAACUUAUUUCAGCAGCAGCAGCAUCUUAUUUCAGCAGCAGCAGCUUAUUUCCAGCUACAGAAGCAGCUUAUUUCAGCAACAGAAACAACUUAUUUCAGCAGCAGCAGCAGAUUUCAGCAGAAGCAAAUUAUUUCAGCAGAAGCUUAUUUCAGCAGAAGCUUAUUUCAGUAGAAGCUUAUUUCAACAGAAGCGUAUUUCAGCAGAAGCAGAUUUCAGCAGAAGCAGCUUAUUUUAGCAGAAGCAGAUUUCAGCAGAAGAUUAUGUCAGCAGAAGAUGAUUUCAGCAGAAGCAGAUUAUUUCAGUAGAAGCAGAUUUCAGCAGAAGCAGCUUUUUUUUUGCAGAAGAUUAUUUCAACAGCUUAUUUCAGCAGCAGCAGAUUUCAGCAGAAGCUUAUUUUUGCAGAAGAUGAUUUCAGCAGUGCAGAAGCAGAUUUUAGCAGCCGCAACAACAACAGCUUAUUACGAAAGACUUUGGUAAACAUUCUAAUAAAUGAAUGCAAAAAUACAUUAUGAUUUCAAUGUACUUAUUUCGAAACAACUUCAAAUAUAUUAGUAGAAUUAUGUAUUUCUUAAAUUUUACA